CUCUGCUUUGCUUUGCUUUUUACUUCAACAACAUCAACAAAACCAUAAACAUUUUUAAACAAGUUUCUGUUUUUUUCAACUUUUAUUGAAUUAAAGCUGAUUUUUUCCUAAAUGUUGCUUUCGCCAAGUAAAAAUGGAUAACGAUACUGUGGAAGUUGAGCAAACGCCAGAGUGCAGCGAUGCUCGGUCGCCAAUCGAACAAGAUGGGGAAGAUGGCCAACAAUGUACUGGCCAAUUCUGUCAAGUAUUCAUCAAGGAAGAACCGCAUUCAUAUUCUGCAGCUGAAGCCAACAUGCCUCGACUUUAUAGAAGAUUUUUGGGCAGAAGAAACUAUAGAAACUACUCAGAAGAAACGCUGGAAAUGUGUAUGGAUGAUAUAAGAACAGGCGAACUGAGUUUACGGAAAGCUUCUGAUAAGUACAAUAUUCCAAUUACUACUUUAAAAAAUAAGUUGAAGAAUAGAUACCAGAGAAAACCUGGUGGCAAAUGCAUUUUCAAUUCAAACGAAGAGAAAUCCUUUGUUCAACAUUUAAUGAAAUUGUCAGAAUUUGGUUUCCCUGUUACUAAGAGUGACUUAAGAAUGACAGUGAAAGCCUAUCUUGAUAAACAAGGUAUAACUAUACAAAAAUUCAAGGGCAAUAUUCCUGGUUAUCACUGGAUGAAAAGCUUUCUGGAAAGAUAUCCAGAAUUGUCAGUAAGAUUCAAUCAAAAUAUUAUCAGGUUAAGAGCUGGUAUCACAGAAAAGUCAAUUGAGUCAUAUAUCAAUCAUCUACAUGAAGAGCUCGAUGGGGUUCCUGCCUCCAAUGUAUGGAAUUACGACGAGACACAUUUUUCUGAUGAUCCAGGGAACGAUCGUGCUAUUUAUAAAAGAGGAAUGAAAUAUUUGGAUAGAAAUUGCAACCAUAGUAAAGCUUCCACAUCAGUAAUGUUUUGCGGCAAUGCAGAAGGCAGGUUAUUGCCACCCUAUAUUGUUUUUAAAGAUGAUUAUAUAUGGUCAACUUGGGUUAAUGAGGUUAAAAAUGGACCUACAGGAGCCAGAUACAAACGCAGCAAAACCGGUUGGUUUGAUGCAACUAUAUUUGAAGAUUGGUUCAAGAGCCUUUUCCUACCCAGCACUAGACAUUUGGAGGGACCUGUUGUGUUGAUAGGUGAUAAUUCUUCGUCUCAUAUUAAUGAAGAAGUUUUAAGACUAUGCUCCCAAGAAAAUAUUAAAUUCAUUUGUCUACCACCCAAUGCUACCCACAUUGCACAGCCAUUGGAUGUGGCUUUCUUUGACCAUUUGAAGCUGGCAUGGCGCUCUGUGUUAUCAAGUUGGCGAGACACUGCAGAAGGUUCAAAAUAUUCAACUAUACCAAAAGAAAAAGUUCCUGUUUUAUUGAAGAAGCUGAUGAUGAAAAUAAAAGUUAAUAAAGCCCAAAAUUUAAUUUCGGGCUUCAGAAAGUGUGGCAUUGUCCCUGUUGAUAAAAAUGUUCUAUUAGCGCAGCUACCCAACAGUGAUGUAAAAAGUGAUCUCAUUGGAACAGCAUUUAUGACCAGUCUGACUGAGAAACGCAAAGAAGUGGUUGGAAGUGAUGGCAUACGUUUAAAAAGAAAGAAGAUUAAUGUUUCACCUGGUAAGAGUAUCACAGUCAAUGACUUACAAGGACAAGAGACAUCAACGUCAUUAGCAGCCAUGAAGAUUCAACGGAAAAACCGGCGCAUUAUUGAAGAUCCAUCAUCAUCAUCAUCAUCUGAUGAUUAUCCAGACGACAUCUCUUUGGAGUCGCCAGAUGAAUGCUUAGAAAAAUUUUCUCAGGAUCCAGAUAAAGAUGAAGAAAACAGUGGAAAUAGGGGGAAUUACAAAAUUGGUGAUUAUGUCAUUGUUCUUUACAGUGGCAGAAAAUAUCCGGGCGUUAUUACGGAAAUGAAUAAUGAUGGGCCUACGGUGGACUGUUUAGUGAUGGGGAAUAAAUAUUGGUACUGGCCGGAGAGAAAAGACAUAAUGGAAUACCCAUGGGAUAGUAUUGUAAAAAAGAUUGAUGCACCUAAGCCAGUAUCGAUUAAAAGGAGCAAGUAUUUUUCAGUUCCAGAAUUGAACAUUUUCAUUUAGAUCUUUUUCCUAUUAGUUUGUAUUUGGGAAACAAAUAAAUCUAUUCAAGCCACUAUCGACUGAAAGAAGCAAGUAUUAUUCCGUUCCAGAACUGAACAUUACAUUCAAACCAUCAGUUUGAUUUUAGAAGCGAAUAUUUUUUAGUUGGUUAGAGAUUUGAACAUUUUCAAUUGAACGUUUUUCCCAUCUGUUUGUAUUUGAAGUGUCUUUGAAAUAACUUACAAUAAAUAAGUGUCUUAAUAAUAGUGUCUUUGAAAUGUGUCUUUAAAUAAAUAUGUUAUGAUUUUUAAAAGUGGAUUUUAUUUAUUUUUAAUGCCAUAAUUCAUUUUUAAGGUUUACAGUUGGUCUAAAUCUUGAAAAUUAACUUGAAUCCAUGAUUUUUUCAAAGUGGGACAAAGUCACCUCAUUCCAGGGGUGACAUUGUUUCUUAUUUUCAAAAAAUAUAUAUUGUAAGCACGGAUGUGCCUUCACCAAUUAUGUAAGGGGAAAA